CCGGAGUGGGGCCCUCGUUCCGCCCGCGACCGCGCGAGCUAGACCCGACCCAGCAAUCGGGCCACCGCCCCUUUCCUCUCCGAUCCGGAUCUCCCCACCCGCUCCGGCGAGCCGUCGCCGCGUCGCCUCCACGCGACCGACUACCUCAUAUAUCUAUCUAGCCGACUUCCCCGCCGCCGUGCGCGCCCAAUCCUAGGCUGCGCCCCCCCACCCCCAUUUACCCUGUUUGCUUUACCUGCUCCCGAGCCCAGCAAACCCUAGUCGCCGCCGCUCAUGGACAUAGAGACCGACGGGCGAUUCGGCAACAAGCGCGUGCACAAUCGCCUCGGCCCGGGCUCCGGCGGCGCUCCGUCAUCUACCACUGGGAAGGUCUGCAACUUCUGGCGCGCUGGGCGGUGCAAUCGCUUCCCGUGCCCCUACCUCCACAGCGAGCUCCCCGAGGCGGCGGCGCCGCCCAAGCGCCCCGCCGGACCCGGGGGGAACGUCUGGCGCAACCCCAACUCGGGAGGACGAGGAGGCGGCGGUCACAAUAGAUGGGGGAGGGGCCCUGGAGGCGGCAGCGGGGCUGCGAGCCACAGGCCGCCGGACAGGCCCUGCAAGUUCUUCCUCGCCGGUACCGAUUGCAGCUACGGCGAGAGGUGCCGCUAUCCCCACAGCUACUGCAUAAGCGAUAGUAUCACGAUGCUCACCCUGCUCAAGGGCCACGAGAAGGGUGUUACCGGCAUUGCACUGCCCACUGGGUCGGACAAGCUGUAUUCUGGGAGUAAGGAUGGAACUGUUCGCAUGUGGGAUUGUCAAACCGGGCAGUGUGCCGGUGUCAUCACUAUGGGUCGCGAGGUUGGGUGUAUGAUCAGCGAAGGUCCGUGGUUAUUUGUUGGAAUACCUGAUGCAGUGAAGGUUUGGAAUAUGCAAACAGCAGCGGAAAUGAAUCUUACUGGACCAACUGGGCAAGUCUAUGCACUUGCUGUUGCCAGUGAGUUACUCUUUGCUGCAACACAGGAUGGGAGGAUUUUGGCAUGGAGAUUUAGCGCCGCAACUAACUGCUUCGAGCCAGCUGCUUCUCUUGAUGGCCAUAAGCUUGCUGUUGUUUCAUUAAUAGUAGGAGGCAUGAGACUUUAUUCGGCUUCAAUGGAUAAAACGAUCAGAGUGUGGGAUUUGGCAACAUUGCAGUGCAUACAGACUCUUUCUGAUCAUACCGAUGUUGUUAUGUCUGUGCUGUGCUGGGAUCAGUUUCUAUUAUCGUGCUCUUUAGAUCAAACAAUAAAAGUUUGGGCAGCUACAGAGAGUGGAAACUUAGAAGUAACAUAUACACACAAAGAGGAGCAGGGUGCACUUGCCCUCAGUGGUAUGCCUGAUGCACAGUCAAAACCUGUGCUACUGUGUUCGUUAAAUGACAAUACUGCCCGCCUAUAUGAUCUGCCAUCGUUCAGUGAUAGGGGCAGAAUAUUCUCCAAACAAGAAAUUAGGGCAAUACAAAUGGGUCCUGGUGGUUUAUUUUUUACGGGGGAUGGAACUGGUGAGCUGAAGGUUUGGCAAUGGGUAGAGGCAGCCCAAACCUAAUGAACAUAGUGUGCUAGAUUAGUUUUGCUCAUGUGUUUUAUGAGGGAGUGCUCACAAAUACGCAUAAUGAGUUGAGGUUGUGGUUGGCGGCCGGUUCUUUUUUUGUGACAUGCCCUACAUUUAUUCGCAAAGGAUACAAGAUUCAAUCGAUGUGGCUGGCAGUUCACGUUGGCACAAGCAGUCUGUGUUAUGGACUGUAGUUUUGUCCUGGCAUGAAUUUCAAGACGUGAGAAUAAUUGCUUGUAAUUUGUAAAGCACUGGAACCAGCAAGUAUCUGAUCAUUUGCUUGGAGGUGCUGACAGUUUCAAAAGGAUAGCUAAUAUAAAGGGUUUGUUGAGCUGCAUUUGUAUACGAGGAACUUGGUUGCUUUUCUCACAGCAGUGUCAUUUUUCAUUGUUUGAGGACUAUGGGCAUCUUUCCCUUCUGAGAACUGUUGAGUAAUUUGAUUCGGCCCACUGAACUAGCAUUUUUUGCCAAUCGGAUCAGCUUCAGUUCUUGUGAGUUGAUUUGGCCCAGUGAGUGGCAGCUAGAGCAGCACAAGUAUUCGGAAGCUCCAGGCAAAGCUUGUACCAGUAUUUGUCUAGAUUUAUGUUUGGAUAGUAGGUGGUUCUCUCUUGAUGUUAUUGUUUCUAUUUGACGCUGAAUCAUGAGGAUAAAUGGUGAAAGCAAUUGGAAAUGUGGACUA